ACCACAGACAGAAAGGCAGAAGCAACAAGGAGGUUCCUCGCUCACUGCUUCAAGUUGAAUCGGAGAGGUGAGGAGAGAAAAGGGAAUUCUGAGCCUAGACAGAGAGCUCCAUCCUCAGAAAGAAGCCUCCAGUUCAGAAAAGAUGCCAAAGGGCAGAAGGACCAGAGGACUCAUGAGCCUCACCUGGGAGGUGAAGAACCCAGCCUCAUCCAUGGUGACGGUGACACUGUUGAUUCUUGCCUUUCUCUGCAAAGGUCUGCAGAGUCAGCACCCGGGAUAUGAACUUAAAGCGCUAAAGGCUGUCACCGUGCAGAGAGGUCUCUGCGUUCACAUUCCCUGCAACUUCACUUAUCCCACUUCUCAGUAUUCUGGGGAAUUAUACGUCUACUGGAUUAAAAACGAUCGUGCUGGGUCCUAUAUUGGCAACAUCUGGCACCCAAAUGCUGGUAGUGUUGUUGCCAGUAGUGACAAGGAUCAAAGCAUUGCCUCAUUUGCUGGGAAUCGUUUCCAGUUGACUGGAAAUCUAUCAGAAGGUGACUGUUCCUUUAGCAUCAAUGAUGUUCAGAAUCAGGAUGAAGGGCAGUACUAUUUUCGAAUUGAGAAAGGACCGAUCUUAAAAUUCAGCUAUCAUCUUUAUAUUUUACCACAUGUUUCUGUGACAGAGCUGGCAGAGAAGCCAAAGAUCCUGAACUUAUCAGAGGUGGUUUUGGGGAAGAGUGUCACCCUCAUCUGCCAGGCGCCAGGGACCUGCCCAUGGAAAGAAUCAUGGAGCCAGCCUCAGAUCUCAUGGAGUAAUUUCCCAGGACCAGCAACUGCACAGAACCAUCAGCACAGCAAUGGGAGCUGGACCUUUGCUUCUGGCUUCACCUUCACACCCACUUUGCAGGAUCAAGGCAGAGCCCUCACUUGCCAUGUCUAUUACCCCGCAGUUAGGAGAACAGUUGAGAAUACAAUCUCUCUUGAAGUGGUCUGUGAGUAGCUCCCAUAGCUCAGUACUGCUUCCCCCUUCCAUGAACGGCCAACAGUUCUUUCUGCCCCAUGCAAGCUAAUUUACUCCUUUCAUGCUCCCCUCGCUGUUUUCUUAUGUUUCAGACCCACCUCAGGUCAUCAGAAUCACAAGGCCUGGACACCCUGAUUUCUCCGCGCAGGAAGAAAAGCUGGUGGUCCGAGAAGGUGACACCGUCAGCCUGCUUUGUGAAGCUCAAGGCAAACCUAUUCCCUCCGUGACAUGGCUCAAGAACAACAAGCCCCUAAACAACAAUAUGCAGGGCAGUAAAGAUACCCUUCGACUGUCCAACAUUAAAUCAGAGGAUGCUGGGAUGUAUCAGUGUCAGGCAGAGAAUCUACAUGGCUCAAUGAGGAAGAAUAUUUCAGUGAUUGUGCAAUAUGCCCCCAAGCUCAGCAAAAAACCUGAGAAAAACACUGCCUGUUGGCAUAAGGACAAUGACAUCCUCUGCAACUGUUCCCUGCACUCCAAGCCUCCACCUCAAAUCCAUUGGCAACUGGACGGGAAGACUGUAGCUGAGAACACCAGCACAGCAGACCUGAAAGUCUCUUCCUCAGUCCAGAAGAAUGAGGUCACCAGCUCCCUAAUUUGGACAGGUAGCCCAGAUGGCGACCUCAGCAUCAUCUGCCUUGGGAACAAUUCUCUGGGAGUCUACACCAUGCAAUUCCACAUUAGUUCCUUGAAAACAGCUUCUUCUGAGUUGAUUGUUCCCUUGGUGGUAGGUCUCAUCCUGAUGAAGGUCUUGUUUUGUUUCGUGUUCUUUUUCUUGGCCUUUUGGUAUUCGAACUGGAGGAAGGCUCCAUUGACCCAAGAGGGCAGAAGGAAGCAAAAAGAAUGAUGGUGACUGGAUCUCCUGAUGUUCCUUUGCUCAGUGGAAAGACGGCAUCACACACAUCACUGUGCACUCCCAGGCAGUGAAAGAGCACAAAUGAAUGUUUAUUUCAAAUGAAAGAGGAAGAACAUGGAUUAUUAGCACUGCUAUUUCAUACACAGACAUAAGAUGGAUGAUUUCUUCUUCUUCUAAGAAAAGUGUUUACAGUAUUCUGGUUGUGCAUUUGUGGUGCAAUGAAUGUAGCGGGCACCAUAUUGUUUUUUAUCUUUAUUUUGAUAGAUUUCAUUAAUUUAUUGCAACAUAUUACCAAGAUCAUUCACAUAUAAAAUAAAAUAUCCCACCCUAGCCUGGGCAAUGGAGUUCAGGCAAUACAUCAAAAAUAGCAACCAAAUAACAUAGUAUCUUCCAGUCGCAGACAAGCAUAUGUAUGGAAGGCGGUGUACAGUUAAUGCUAACCAAAAAGUUUUAUUAUGUGACGGCAAUCCUGUUUUCAUUUUUAGACAUGUAGACAAUAAAGCUGUACCAAUCUUGCAAAAGAGUAUUUACGCUUCAAACUUCUUGCCAAUUUUAUUUGUCCGUUUUUCCAUAAUUGCUAUUUGCCACACUUUAUUGUACAGCUGUUGGUCUAAGGCAGAUAUAGGAUUACAUGUUAACUGAGACUGAAGGCCCCCCCCCCCAAUUCUUUCUUUUUGGGCAGACUCCAAGAAUAAUUAAAAUGGGAUAAGGUCCCUUAAUGCCUACAUGUCAGCUUCCUAUGUUACUAAUUCUUUUUUC